AUGGCGACGGCGGCCCGCCGGUCCGCCUCCACGUCGGCCAUCAGCUGCAGCAGCGGCAGCGCCGAGUCGGGCGUUUUGUGGUCGGGCCAGGAAGUGUACCAUGCGGGGAUCGGCCGGACGGGGUGCUUCAUCGCCACGACGAUCGGCUGCCGGCAGCUGCAGGGGGAGGAGGUGGUGGAUGUGCUGGGCAUCACCUGCCAGCUGAGAGCCGACAGAGGCGGUAUGAUCCAGACAGGUGAGCAGUAUGAAUUUGUCCACCAUGCCUUGAGCCUCUACGAGGCCCGGCUCUCUUCAGAAACUGGCCAAUGA